AUGGGUGGUUCGAUGUCAAGAAUAGUUCCUGGUUUAUACAUUGGCGGAGUUGCUAGCGCUCAAUCCAAAAGUCAACUAGAAGAAAACGGUAUUACUCAUGUCUGUAGCGUUCUCCACUACAAUUUUAAGUGUCCCACUAGAAAGCAAUUGCUGCUCCGAGCUGAUGACGACUCGAAGGAAAAUAUUGCCAAAUAUUUUAGGGACGCAUCCUUUUUCAUUCACGGGGCAAGGGUUUAUGAUGGUGCCGUGCUAGUCCAUUGCGCUUGUGGCGUCUCUCGUAGCGUGACAAUAACUUUGGCCUAUCUGAUGACCAUAACAAACAUGCCUCUACCAAAGCUCGUUAGAGCAGUUGUUGGUGCAAGACCAUGCGCUUGUCCGAAUAGUGGAUUUUUGGAACAAUUAAUAGAGUAUGGCAAGUCUGGUGCUGCUGCAAAAGUUCGACGUGAACUAAUCGCAUGUUAUGGUGAAUGGCCAAAGGAAAAAAUGAAUGCUGAUAUUGCUGUACUAACAGAACUGCUACUCAAACCAGAGCAUACUACCUGUAUUGGCGCAAGUGGUGGUUUCACAUUGCCAGAUGAUAUUACAGAAUAUAAUGAUGAUGAUAAUGGUAACAACAGUCAACAAGGAUCUCUUAAUAAUCCCUUAGAUCAACAAAAUUCACAAAAAAUAAUAUGAAACCGACUAGUUAUACAAUCUAUUCAAAUAAACCAUUACAUAUACGAAGAAUACUUGCAGAGAGUGAAGAUAAUAAUCCAGCAUCGUCAUCAUCAUCAGUAUAAAAUACAAUAUUAACGGAAAAUAAACUAAUUUUAUAGAUAUCUACGGUUAUUCAAAUUUGAUAUUUGUUAUUUAUUGUCAAUAACCACUUACCACUGAUAUAUGUGAUUAAAACUGAUGUAAACGGUUUGUAAAACAAUUACUUAUUCAAUCUUACUUUAAGUUUGUUCGCUGUUCCCUUAUUUUUGUUUUAUAGAUGUUCAAACAUGUACUCUUGUCGUGAUGAUUAGUGAUGGCUUUGUUGUACACAAUUAACACUCUAACCACACCUAAUAUACAAAUGAACUUUUAGUUAGUUUUAUUGAACAACCCGUCUCUAGGCUUUCCUUUCUUUUUGGUUUCCCUUUCAUUUGAUAUUCAGUUGUUUUUUUCAUAGCCAUAAUGUAAAAAACAAAAGGAUCAAUGCUAUGAUGCACAGACUUUCUC